GAUCAUGAAUAUUCAUUGAUUAGGCCUAAUUUGGUGCAUGCCCACUUGCCCAGAUUUUUUUUACAAGCAUAAAAAAUGCCAGUUCAACGUGGAUCUAGACAACCAAAUCCUCCAAGAAGACCACAACAGUUGGACAGUGUAGAGCCAAUGCAAGUGGAUGAUCCAGAUGGGCCCCAGGAUGCACCCUCUAAUUUUGUUGUCGAUCCACCUUCAAAUUUUGAUCUCGAGUCUUAUGCCAGUGGCUACGAAGGUCCAGCAAAAAUAAAAAGGUUAAUGUUUGUAGCUAAACACUGUCCCAGCCUCUCUGAAGAUGCCCUCAGGUUGGCACUAGCAGCUGUUGAAAAGACAUUCAAUAUGGCAACGUUUGUCACUAUUAGACAGAAAUUAUACCAGUGUACUAAUGAUUCAAAAUAUGCUGAGAAUGACGAAUCUGCCUUGUUUGUUACUCAAGUUAAUAGGAAGUCGGCCAUAACCCUGGAGAGACUUGAUUCUGAUCUAAAGAAUUAUCGGAGCAACUCGAUCAAAGAGAGCAUCAGGAGAGGGUUUGAUGCACUAGGAGAUCACUACAUGGACUGUGGGGAUUUAAGCUCUGCUCUCAAGAUGUACACCAGAGCUCGUGAUCAUUGCACCAGCUCAAGACACAUAGUCUCUCUUUGCCUUAACAUUAUAAAGGUCAGUGUGUUGCUAGGCCAUUGGCAGCAGGUCCUCAGUUAUUAUAGCAAAGCUGAAGCAACGCAAGAAGUCGCUGAAGCUCACAAGAAUCAGACUAACUUGUCUAUGCUUUCAAGGCUCAAAUGUGCAGCUGGUCUAGCUGAAAUGGAAGGCCGAAAGUACAAGAAUGCUGCCCGUUAUUUUCUACAGGCUUCGUUCGAUCAUUGCAAUUGUCCAGAUCUAUUGUCACCAUAUACCAUAGCUGUCUAUGGAGGAUUGUGUGCACUGGCCUCAUUUGACAGACAAGAGCUCUAUACAAAGGUCAUUAGCAGCAGCUCUUUUAAGCUUUUCUUGGAGCUUGAGCCUUCACUGAGAGAUGUCAUUUCUCAGUUCCACCAGUCGCAGUACACCUCUUGUCUCUCAACUCUUGAGGCGCUCAGGAACAGUUUCAUGCUCGAUCAGUAUCUAGCAAAUCAUAUAUCCGACUUGUAUGCACAGAUAAGAAACAAAGCACUCAUUCAAUAUUUCAGUCCUUAUUCCUCAGUUGAUUUACAUAAAAUGGCUGAUGCUUUCAAUACUGAUGUCAACUCUUUGGAAAACGAGCUGAUAUCUUUAAUAUUGAACGGAAUGAUAUCGGCAAGGAUUGACUCGCAUGCUAAAGUAAUGCAUUCGCGUCAUAUUGAUCAGAGGCAGGCCAUGUUUCAGAAAGCCAUUGAAGUAGGAGAUGCAUACGUACUAAGAACUAAGGUAUUGUUGAUGAGAGCUUUACUACACAACAAUGGAAUAUUAGUAUCACAGGCGUCGGAUCAGAGUGAUGAGACUAGUGUUGACACCAGCCCUGCCGGAGCUGCUCCAAAAAGAAUGAAACCAUAACUGAUUAAUAAAUAAUAAUAAUGAUUAAUUAAAUAACACAGCAUUUAUUAUAAAAUUUGUUCAAGUGGUUAAUGAUUAAUA